AUGGCCGAGGAAGCGAGCGGCAAACGCCCACUCAAAAUCGUCGCAGGAGCCGACUCCUUCGGCUGCUCUCUCAAAGACGCCUUAGUCUCCCACCUCCGCUCUCUCAACAUCGACGUCGAAGACCUCGGCACUUCCUCCUACUACUCCAUCGCCGCCGAUGUCGGCCGCCGCGUCUCCUCCUCCUCCUCUGACGGCGCCGUCGAAACCCGCGGCCUCGUCGCCUGUGGCACCGGCGUCGGAGUCGCCAUCUUCGCCAACAAGUUCCCUGGCGUGUUCGCCGCCACGUGUCUCAACCCCUCCGAAGCCCAAAACGCUCGGUCCAUCAACAACUCCAACGUCCUCGCCGUCUCUGGCAUGUCCACGGCACCGGACUCCGCCAUCGAGAUCCUCGACACCUGGCUCAACACCCCUUUCAAAUCCCCCUGUCCCGCCUCCGACUCCAAGCCCUGGCCUCCAGAAAUCGAUACUUUUCUCGACAAUUCGAUUAAAGAAAUGCCCAAAAUUGGAGCUGAAGAAGAAAAGCAAGCAGCUUUGGGUUCGGAGGAGGCUUCUUGUACUCUCUGUUGUUUGGUGAAGAAUCGGAAACUGAACCCGAUUGAUAUUAUUCCUGGAGGGUCGAUGAAGAUUCUGAGAGAGACACCAACAUCGGCGAUAGUCAGGUUCAAGGCCGGGAGCGUCGAGCCUGCGCAUCACCACACGUUUGGGCACGACUUGGUUGUGUUGGAGGGGAAGAAGAGCGUGUGGAAUUUGACGAAGAAGGCGAGGUAUGAUCUGGGUGUCGGAGAUUACUUGUUUACACCAGCCGGGGAUUCGCACAGAGUCAAGUACUAUGAGGAUACUGAGUUUUUUAUCAAAUGGGAGGGCCAGUGGGAUAUGUUCUUUGAUGAGGAACUUGAGGCUGCACACAAGGCUGUUGAUCAGGAAUUGGAGAAUGGGUUGAAGUGA